UCUGUAGACGCCACACAAGCUGUCGAUAACCUUGCUCGAACGGACAUAGCGGUAGACGCCACGGCGUCGCCGCUCACUCCACCAGAGACUUCUGUACUCUCACCUGAUGUCGGCGAUUCCACUGCAAGUAGUGCCGACGAAAGGAGUCCUCCGCUAGACAAAGUUACUCAGAGCGACGGGAAAAAAAAACGGAAGAUGAAUACCGCCCAAAUUGCAGCUUCUUUUUUCUCCAGUUCCAAGCGGGACGCCUAUAAUCGCGUUCAUUUUGGAACGCGUCUUACUGCAGCAGGCGCUCAGGUGGAGGAGAUGUGCGACAAGCCUCAACGUCUCUGUACUUUAUCGUUUACUGGCGCAAGGCCCACUGCAAACGAGCUAGCGACCUUGCUUUAUGUAACCUCGGCACAGGAGCCCAAGUACGCCAUUGCCCAAACACAAUGCUACUGGUUCGUUGCAACUGUGUUUGAUGCUCUCAAGAUGCGGUACAAGGGUACCGUGCAAGAUAACCUGACCCAUCGGGGGGGUACAAUUCGUGGGGUACCAGUGGCUAUCAAGGCGAGCGGGAAAGAGGUGUGCGCCAAGUAUCGUGAAGCUCGAGCUGCGUUGGCCGAGGAAAUUGAACAGGAGCGCAGGCUUAAACAACAGCAAGAGGAAGAGAGGCAACGAGAACGCGAGCAACGCCAGGCCGCAGAGGAAGCCGAGGAAAGGGCACGGGCAGCGGAGGAGGAAAGACAGAGAGAAUGCAAGGUAGCGCAGGAAGAGAUUGCGAAGUUGCAACGCGAACUGCAGGCGUUGAGGAGAGCGGAGACAAAUACUCAACAGGCUUGAUGGAUGGUGCCGGCCGCACAUAUACUUAUACCAGUCUCGCUUUUUCCUUGUCAUUCCCGGACUGCAUACGAUACGAGUCCAUGCUUUUCAAUGUUGUCAUUAGUGGAUGUCACGACAUCUGUCUAUCUAACUGCCUUAUUACCAUCACUCCUGGGGUUCUCAGGUGUAUACCCC